AUGAAGAAAAUUAGUCCGGCCAGUGGUCUGCGUACCAUGAUCGGCCGCUUGCGAAAUCCGUUUCCUUUUAACGCGGAUACGUUUCCCCUGGACUUGGAGUCUACGCAGCGCUUGCAGCAUUUAGAAAUUCCUUUAGCCAAAGUGAAAUUAGGGGAACUCAUGUUGCUGUACGAAUACGCUUCAUUGGGAGCGCUUUCUAACUAUCUCAAAAUGCACCGUGGUGUUUGGUUUUACAACCAUGUCAGUCCAAAUGGAGAGCUGCUGUCGUAUAAUUCGGAAAUGGCGGAUGAGCUCCAACAGGUUGCCAUCCGAAAUGUCCAGGAAACCGAAAUGGACGGAUUCGAUGGACAGCUGCUCUCCACUCGGGAUCUUUUGAGGAUUGCCUACCAUAUCAGUCAAGGUGUGGCGUAUCUCCACAGCCGCUCGAUUAUUCACCGUGAUCUGUCGGCGAAUAAUGUGAUGAUCUGCAAUGGGCAUGUGGCUAAAAUCGCCGGAUUUGGAAUGGCUAAGCAGACACGGAGAUACGUCGCCCUUGAUACACAGGAAACAUUAUGCGACCGUUGGAUGGCCCCAGAAUCCAUUACGGAUCGAACAUUUUCUGCCGAAUCCGAUAUGUGGACCCUGGGAGUGCUUAUGUGGGAAUUGUUUAGCCUGAGCUGUCUUCCAUACGAAGAGCUUGUUGAGAACCCGUACCCUAAUUGGCCGACAUUACUGCAGAACGGACUGCGUUUAGGAAGACCGGAAGCUUGUCCUGGAGCAAUGUGA